ACAUCAGCUCAGUUUGUAUCCAACUGUCGUAAUGAUGAAAUGAUGAUUAUUAUUAUUAUUUAAACAAUUGAAUAUUGAUUAUUAAUUUUUGAAAUUACUUAUAUUUGUGUGAGUGAAUUAAUUGCUGUGUUUAUUAUUUAUUGUGUUUUCAAAAUGUAUUAUUGUAAAAAUAUUAUUAUUUUGGUCCUGGUGACUAUUUUGAUAAUUCAAAAUAAUCCGAUUAAUGGAUCGGCAAUUCCUAUGUGGGAAUUUUUAUCAAAAAAUGAAAAAAUGAGUCAUCUGUACCGACUAUUCAGCAAAGAAGUCGCUAGUUAUUGUGACGGUUCACCGAAACCCGAUUGUACCAAAAAUAAUCUUGUUUCUGGUUUACAAAAAUUGGCAAGUAUGGAUGAAAAUCAAUUAGAUGAACUUGAUCCAUAUCAACGGAAUGCUGUAUAUAAAAUUUGGCGCGCAUUGGUAGGAGAAAAUCAAUUUAAUUCAAAUGAUCGAUUUGAUGCAACUGAUUCGUAUACUGAAGUUGAUCCUUUAGCAACCAGUGACAAUGAUGCAAAUGAUCUAGGCGAAGAAUCAUCUGUUAUGAAUGAUUACGUAAGACCAAUAGACAAUGGUCCUUAUUUGGUGGGACCAAUGGUGAUACGCGUAUUACCUGACGGUCGUCCAGUACCAGGUGAUGACAAAAGACCAUUGCCACAUGAUGAAGAUCUUGAUGACUUACAAAAUUAUCGGGUACCAUUAAUAUCUGAAUUACAAUCUCAUAAUAAUAGAUUGUCAUCGUAUAACAACAAAAAAUUAUACAAUACAAAUAUAAAUUCUUUACCCACAUCAGCAUCUCCAGUUUCUAGAGUACGAUAUUUAACUACUCCACACAAUUAUUAUUAUCGCAAUCCGUUUUUUUAUAAUAGUAAUAAUAUAAAUCGAAAACCCGAAUUAUUGAGAAAAAAUAACUAUCGAUUUUAUUAAGAUUCAUAAUUUAAAUAAAUAUAUUUUUCAUUAAAUAAUAUCCGAAAAAAAAAACGAAAUUGACGAUUGGUCUAUCAUAGUAAAUUUCAAAAUGAUAAAAGUGCCAGAUAAUAAUUUUAAAAAAUCAAUUCCAUCAUACGACCAUGAUCAGAAUCAUUUAAAAAAUGCUGCGUUUAUUUAUUUAUUAUAUAUAUAUAUUUUUUACAUAAAACAAAUUAAUUAUUUAUAAUUUGAUUGAGUAAUUAAUAGGAUCCUAUACAUCUAGUGGGAUCGGUACUAUACUAGAUGUCGCUAGAUGUAUACAAUAAUUUAUGUAAUGAACGCACGAAGAAAAGCGCCAUUAAAUGUCUAAAGUCAGCGUUAUGCAGUCGGUUAUAAAACUAAUUUACUUUAUAAUUAUUAAAAAAUAUUUAUACUUUAUGGAGUUGGAUAAUUCGUUUAAUACUAUUCACCCAACAAAAUUUGACUCAAUAAAAAAAACGUCUACUUUGA